AUGUCCAUUUCAAACAUUUUUGUACUGUUUGGGUUUUUCUUGGCCUUGCCUAUUCUCACCAAAACUUUAUCGACUUUCCGUUUCAGACGUUCUACGGGAUAUCGAUAUACCGGGACUUCCGUUUGUCCCAACCCGCCGAUUCUUCCAUACUGGGACAUCUUUCUGGGCCAAUUCUUUCAUUUGGCUUGGGAUACAAGAAAGUUUGUGAAGGACGCAAUAAAUCUUGCAUGGCAAGGCCCUGUUGAGGUCAAGGCUGGGUUUAUUGAUUUCACCGUAGUCUCUAAUCCUGACCAGAUCAAGAGAGUCUUCCGGGCUUGUAAGCAGUUUUCAAACAAGCAGUUGACGGUUGUGGCUCUACAGAACAUCUUCGGUGCUUCAAGGGAAGUGGCCCGAUUGUUCGAAAAUGAUGAAGCUCUAGACCUCGGAGAGGCGAACAGUUCCCAUGACACCAACGAAGCAGAUGAAGGUCAAUUGAAUGAACACGUCAACGGCUUCAAUCACUAUGCGCGAAAAUACCUCUCUGGUUCGCAUUUGCACUUCCUCUCGCGGCUGUUCCUAUCAAAUCUGGAACAAAAUUUUGAAGCUAUGGAGAUUCAAUCUGAAUGGGUUCAUUAUCCCGAUCUAUACACCUUUCUCCGAAAUAUUGUAUCGCCCGCCGCCACCGAAACUCUGAUGGGUAAGAAGAUAUUUGAGAUCCAUCCGCAGAUAGUCGAUGACUUCUGGUCAUUUGACCAAGCCGUGCCAAGUCUCAUCCGCCUUUUCCCCCGCUGGUUGAUUCGCUCCCAGUACAGGGCUCGAGACAGGAUUUUUGACGCCUUCAUAAAGCUGGAUGAGUUUGCGAACCAUCACGUUUCUCGUCCAUCGACUGAUGACCCCGAGUGGGAACCCUACAUGGGCUCCGCAUUCCUACGUGCACGGCACGAUUAUGCAAAAUUUAUCAAGAUUUUACCCGCCAACACAAAAGCUUGGGAAAAGAUGGGUAUCUUAUUCGCUGCGAACUCGAAUCUUCUCCCUGCAAUGUUCUGGUACAUCAUGGAAGCACUGAAAGACAAGACCUUGCAUCAACGCAUGGAUGCUGAGGUCUUUUCGUGCUUAUCGCCUUCCGAUUUGGACGUAAAACGGAAUCUAGACAAGCUAUUAGAACAACCUCUACUCCAGUCGGCCUAUGCGGAGACGCUUCGCCUACGUGUCGCAAUUGCGUUGCCUCGAACUUGUGAAAGCGGCGAAUUCGAUCUCUCGGGACGCCGGAUAGAAAAAGACAAGCACAUUGUCAUAUUCACGUGGCCUACGUUGAAAGAUGACAACACUUGGAUUCAACGUGGGAAUCUCGGUGUAAAGGCAUUAGAUGAAUUUUGGCCAGAGCGGUUUCUCGUCCCAAAAGAAAAGGGGACAGGUGUCAUGGCUGACGAAGCACAAGGCUCUCAGUAUGAGUUCUCGCUGCGCGGAUUGGGAGGUCGCUGGAUGCCAUAUGGGGGAGGCCAGCACUUGUGUCCUGGGCGGCACCUUGCCAAACGCCAAUUAAUAGGGACAUUUGCUUACUUGACUUCUCAUUUCGACCUCGAGCUGCUGAAUGAAGGAGGGGGGAAUGAGGUAGGACCAGACAUGCGCUGGUUUCCAACGGGAACUCUCCCUCCAGACAGGAAAGUUCCAUUUAAAAUCAAAAGGAAGUUAAUUAAAGUAUCGUAA